AUGGGCGACCAGAGGGAGACGGAGAGCGAUUCCGAUGUCGGCCAGCCGCCGGUGUCGCCCGUUCCGGCGGCGGAGGGAAGGCAGGGGCUGAGGAAGAUUCGCAGCAAGAAGACGAGCCUGGAGGAGGAGGGAUUCCUGGUGCUGCUCCACGGAUCUGAUCCGGUGAAGAUCGAGAUCAACCGCCUCGAGAACGAGGUCAAGGGUAACCAAUUCUCCUCCCCCAUCCCGCUCUUCCCCUUUUCCUCCGAUUCUCCUCAGCGCGAAGAUCUGUGGACGGGGGAAGAAAGAAUUUCUCGGCGGAUUUGAGGGCGCUCGAUCGUCGACCUCCUCCAGUCCUCUCUUAGACCAUGGCAGUCACGUUUUAGAGAGAUCCCUCUCCUUCCUAGAACCCACCCUAAUUUGCUCUUUGUCGCUCGACUCGAGCAGCUUUAUUCAUCCAUUGAAGGAAGAGAAGAUGGACUGAUUUUAUAAAAAAUGUCGUGUUACAGAGAAAGAUCGUGAGCUCACAGAGGCUCACAGCGAAAUCAGGGCUCUGAAGCUGACAGAGAGAGCCAAGGAGAAGGCACUCGCAGAGGUGCCACCCCCCCUUCUUCGGAUCCAUCACUGUUUUCUUCCGAGUUUUUUCCCUUUUUCUUCAGCCAGUUCUUCCGAGCAAUUUGCCUAAAAUCUUCUACUUCCAGGUUACCGAGGAGCUGGAGAAGAUGGCGGAAAAGCUACAGAUUUCAGAGGCCAAUGUCGAGACCAAGGUGCCCACGAGCUAUACCCCUCUGUAUUCCGACUCGUUUUCCAUCUACCGGGUGGCCGGAGAUUUCGCCGGCGAUCAGGAAUGAUCUGGAGUUGGAAUGCCAUUGUUCUAGAAACUGGAGAUCAAGAGGAUCAGCGAGGAGAAGAAGGAGGCUCUAGCCGCGCAGUUCGCCGCCGAGGCCACGCUCCGGAGAGUCCACGCCGCCCGGAAGGAUGAGGAGCUGCCCCCUCUGGAACUGAUCCUCUCGCCCCUCGAGGCGGAGAUCAAACGGCUGCGGCAGGAGGUCAGCUCGCAAGUUUGCUCGAGCAAUGGUCUGCAAUGGCGAAAUGGUCUGCGAUGGAGCGUCACCGGGUUCUUUAUCUCUGGCAGGUCUCCAAGCUUCAGGACGACAACAGAGCCCUGGAGAGGAUGACAAAGUCCAAGGAGGCAGCGCUGCUUGAGGCGGAGAAGGAGGUCCAUCUGGCGAAGGUCAAGGUCGCCCACGUCGAUGAUCUGCAGAACAGGAAUCAGGAGCUCAUGAAGCAAAAUGAGAUUUGCCAGGUAGAAAGGAGAAGAAGAUCAUAGCAUAGCGUUGCCCCUUUUCAAGCUCCGAUCAAAUCAGAGAAGAGGAUCCACCACAUUCAGAGCUUUCAGGGUCAUGUUUUUUCGUGGCGCAGGAGGAGUAUAAAAUACUGGACAGGAUGCAACGCCAAAAGGUUGCAGAGGUGGAGAAGCUGAGCAUGACCGUCCGCGAGCUCGAGGAGGCUCUUCUCUCCGGCGCCGCGGCGGCGAACGCCGUGCGGGACUACCAGCGGCAGCUGGGCAAGCUGAAGGUAGGCGACGCUCCAGUAAGCUCCCAGGGGUCUCCUCUGCUGGUCGUCGCCCUCACCUUCCCGUCCAUCUCUUCUGCGCGCAGGAGGAGAAGAAGACGCUGGAGAGGACCCUGUCCCGGGCGAAGGUGAAGGAGAACCGGGUCGCCGUCGUGAUCGCCAACGAGUGGAAGGAGGCUGACGACAAGGUGAUCCCCAUCAGGCAGUGGCUUGAAGAACGGCGGGUUCUCAUGGUAGGCCUCUCCACCAUGCGACAGUGGGCUCUCUCUCUCUCUCUCUCUCUUGCAAUCUUCGUGCUUGAUUCCGGGGCUCUGUUCUUACACAGGGGGAGAUGCAGCAGCUCCGCGAGAGACUGUCCAUCUCGGAGAGGGCCGCCAGAACAGAAGCCCAGCUCAAGGUAAAUUCAGGGGUUGCUGCUGUUUCUGGUUUCCGGCGGGUCCGGCGAUGAAGACGCUCUUGCCGUUUCAGGAGAAGUUCCAGCUGCGGCUGAAGGUCGUCGAGGACAGCCUGAAGGCGUCGGCGGCGAACGGCGGCGCGGAAGCGGCAUCUCUAGGAGGGCUCCCCGUGAAGAAAUCGCAGCCGCCACCCCCGUCUUGGAGGUCGACCUCGCGGUCUCGGCGCUCCGCUGCGACCCCGAAGCCCCCCGAGGAGGCGGACGCCGGGGGGAAACCCUGUCCGGAAACCGCCGCCGCCGGCGACGCCGCAGGGGACGGCUACGUCUCGAGCGCGCUGUACGACGUAUUGCAGAAGGAGGUCGUGUGCCUGAGGAGAGCUUGCCAGGACAAGGACCAGAAUCUGAGAGACAGGGACGGCGCCAUCGAGGUAAGAAAAGAGUACGCCAAGAACGUUCAUCUUCUCCGAUCAGGUUAUUUAUUUAUUUCAAGUGGGGUGGCUCGUGCAGGUACUGUCGAGGAAGGUGGAGACGCUGACCAAGGCAAUGGAGGUGGAGGCGAAGAAGAUGCGCCGGGAGAAGGCAGCAAUGGAGAAGGAAGUGGCGGCGAUCCGCGCCGAGCUCGAGCUUGA